AUGACAAUAUCAAAUAUACGCGAAACUUAUUCAGUUACACCAUCAAAAAGAAAAGUACUGGAGGAAAAUAAUGAAAAGAAAAAAACCUUAUCAUUGACAACGGGACAACGAGAACGAUGGAAAAGAAUCGAUCGUNAUAAUAAAAAUAGAUUAAAAUCUAAAAAUAUUCAACAACAACGAAAAAAACGAAUCGAUCGUUAUUUACGUCAUGUUUUGUUUGUACAAAUAAUUCUUCUAACUAUUUUUACACUUCCACAAGUUAUUGAAAAAUUCUAUACAACAUUAACAGUGAAUACAAAAAAGUCAUUGUUACAUAUGACUAUUGACAAAUUUAUUUAUAACUUUGCCCUUCUUCUUACUUAUCUUGCUAGUGGAAUGCCAUUUUAUAUAUAUACAUUAAGUGGUGGAAGCAUAUUUCGAACUACAUUAAGAAAUUUAAUCCAAUCGAUAUUUAAAAAUAAUUAA